UGUGAAAAUCAAAGUGGAUCGGAGCGUGCGUAAAUGAUAUUUCCGUAAAAUCUCCUGGUGAAAGAGACAGAAACUCUCGAUUGCUUCGCCAUGGAAAGUGACGAUUCAGAAAGACAGAAAAAACUGGAGGCAGGAAAGGAGAAGCUGAAGAUGUUCCAGAAGAAGAAAUCAGGCACAGGAACGAAGAAAAAGAAGAAAAAAGACAGGUCUUCCACCAGUGGUUCCGCGCGGAGUCCUUCACCUGGAGAGCGAAGACGGAGAAGAAGCACCUCGCAAGACCGCGGCACGAAGCCUGCACAACCUGAAGCUGCAGUUGCUGUCGAAGAAAAAGUCCCCAAGAAUGAAGGAGAAGACGUUGAAGUGGAGGAAAUAAGCCAAGCAGACACGGAUAGAGAUGCGCCUUCUAUCGCUUCCGAAGUGGGCUCUCCAAUCCCUUUUGACGCGGAACAAGAGCAAAACUCGCAAUCGGGAAGCUAUAUCAGCGGGAGCGAAUACACUAGCGGAGAUUAUUCUGAGGAAGGUGGUCUAGACAGUUAUGACAUUGCUAAUAUUGAAAGAAAUGAAUUGAAGAACAAGGCACAAGAAUUGGAAGAAGAGCUUACAGCUAAAAAGGCAGCACUGAAGCAGAUCAGUCGUGAAAAUGCUGAGUUGAAGGGAAGACUAGAGUUAAUGUUGCAAGAUCAGUCAGGAGGGUCAGUAAUCAAGGACCUCAGCAGACAAGUAGAAGAAAUGAGAGAAAGUUUGCAGAUGAAGCAGUCCAUUCUUCAAGACAUAAACAAAGAAAAUCAAGAUCUACGUGCCAAACUUGAACAAGGUGAACAGGGGGAAGCAAAGCCUGAUGGGGGACAGCUUGAAGAGUUGAAGGUAAAAAUGAAUGCCCAGCAAAUGACUUUGGAUGGAUUGAAUGAGAGAAAUAAGCUUCUUGAGGAUGAAAAUACAAGGUUAAAGAAACAGAUGUCUCUAGGGGGUGAUAUGCAAACAGACUUUUCAGAGUUGGAAAACUUGAAAGAGACUUUAAGAUCCAAAGAUGAAGUGUUAGUGAAACUUCAGCAAGAAUACAGUGAACUUGCUGCAAGAUUGAAAUCAUCAGACGAAGGUGCCAGUGGAAAGGUACAAGAAAGUUCUCACAAAGUGGAUGAACUUUCUAAAAUGUUGUGGGAGAAAGAGAGUGAGAUUGGAAACUUGCAACACUUGAAGUCACAACUUGAGGAGAGACUUGGAAGCUUACAAAACGUCCAAAAUGAACUUGAAGAGAGUAGAAGGCAAGUGUCUGCACUUGAAGCUCAGUUAGAAAAUUUAAGAGUGGAAGAUCAAUCUAUUGAGGAGAAAUCUGAAGUGGAAAACCUCAGAGAGAACCUGCGACUUAAACAAGAAACUAUGGAACAGCUUAACAAAGAGAACGAAGAACUGAAGGAGAGAUUGCGUGACCUAGGGACAUCAGAUGUUAGAGGACUUCUUGAAGAAAGCUACCAGAAACUCCAAGAGUUAAGUGAGGAGUCAAAAGUAAAGGAUGAAAAGCUUGCAAAACUACAGCCUCUUCAGCUAGAGUUUGAGAAGAGUCAAGAGGCAAACAAAGAGCUUGAGCAGCAAGUUUCAUAUUUGAAACACCAGCUUGUCUUGGCAGAAGACAACUCACUUUCUGAAUCAUCUCAGAUGGAAAACUUGAGAGAAAACGUCAAACUGAAACAAGAAACAGUUCGGCAACUCAGCGAUGAAAAUGAGGAACUGCGAGCUAAGAUAGAGGAGUUGCAAAGAGGAGAUAAUGAUGUGCAAGAUGUGAAAGCUAAAGUGGAUGAUCUUUCAAAAGAAUUAGAAUCUAAGAAAGAAGAGUUGAGUCAGUUUGAAGAACUGCGUAAUGAAUUUGAGAGAAGCAAGGCCAGGUGUGCUGAACUUGAACAGGAAAUCAGCAGGCUCCAAGGUGAGGUGGAAACACUCGAGGAUAACUCGCAUUCUGAGUCAUCAUUGUUGGAAAAUUUGAAGGAAAACUUGAAAAUCAAGCAACAGACUGUUGAACAACUUAGCAAAGAUUAUCAAACAGUACAAGAGCAACUGACAGAGAGUAAGACAAGCUUAGAUGGAUUGUCAGAGCAGCUCCUGAACAAGCAGAAUGAGUUGGAUACGGUGAUAGCAGAGAGGGAUGAGAAACUGAUUCAGCUGAUGAACCAAUUUGCUGAGAAGGACGAGGAACUUGAGGAUUUGAGGAAGAGCAAUGAACAGAUGAAGUCUCAAGUUCAACAGCUUGAAAGUGACGUUUCCACUUACAGAACUCAAUCUGAACAACUUGCUGAACGUCUGAGUGGAUCCCAGGACCAGUUGUUAGAGCUCCAAGAGGCCAUGGAAAGAAAAGACGAGACUGUGAGAGAGUUGCUGACUAAGCUUUCAGAGGGUGAAAGUGAGCAGAUAAACGCAAAACAAGACGCUGCGCUGCAAACUAAGGACUUAACUGAACAGAUUAAGAUGCUUCAGGAGCAACUAAUAGAGAGCGACAGCAGCCUUAAAACCCAACAGUCAGAAAUGGAUAAGGCUUCCAAAGAACUACAAGACACCAAAUCACUGAUACAAGAUCUCCAGAACGAAGUAUCGGAGAAGGACAAUUUAAUCAUUGAAAUGUACAGUCUAAAGGAGAAAGACGAGGAACACUACAAGGCUACUAUAGAUCAGAUAAACGAGGAGUUAAAGGAGAAAAUUAGAACUCUUGAUCAGACAAGUGAAGAGCUGCAGGACAAGAAUAGAAGACUUGAUCGUAUGAACGAAGAAAUUCAAGAGAAAAAUAGAACGCUUCAUCAAGUUAAUGAGGAGCUACUGGUAAAGAAUAGAACGAUUGAUCAGCUAAACGCCGAUGUAGGAAAUUUUAAAAGUGAAGCAGAAGAACAUAAGAGUAAUUUGCACCAUUUGGAGGAAAAGCUUCGUGAGGUUCAAAAGGUGAAUGCCAAUGAAAUAGACAAACUCACAGAAGAGCACCAAGAAGAGCUACAGGCUCUAAGUUCUAAACACGUCGCUGAGUUGGAGAAUCUGAAACUAUCGAUGAGUGAGCAACUGGAGGAAUCAGGACUUGAGGGGGACAAAGCCAGGCAGGAACAGAUUGAGAAGUUGAAACAAAUCCAUGAAAGGGAGGUGACGGUGCUGAAAGAAACUUUAGACAAACAGGUCGCGUUGAAUAAUGACCUGGAACAGCGUAUGGGAAAGAUGAGGGAAGAUAUUGAGAAUGAAUUAGCUCAGGCGAGAGAUGUCGUUGCUCAGAAAGAUGCUGUUGUAGAGGAUCUGAAAGAGCAAUUAAAAGACACGAAGACUUCAAGUGCAAGAGAAAUUAACGAGCUGAAGAACGAGUUAAAGAAGAGACAAAAGGAAAUCGCCGAACUAGAAGACAACUUGUCGAGUUUUGAAGAAGAACACAGCAGUGAUGUUGCACAGUACGAACAAACUAUGCAGAAACAACAGGAACAAACAGCCGAGCUAGAGAAACAGUUGGUGUUAGAGCUGGGCAAUGAAUCUGCGAAGUACGAGCAAAAGCUUGCCGAAACGAAAGCUCACCUUGAAGUGCAAUACAAGAAGGCGAUUCAGGAUCUAGUGCAGCGAGUGAAGGACUUAGAAUCGGAAAACGAAACCCUGCAAGCGACGCACGGGCAGGAAAUGGAGGUUUUCAGAGAGAAUCUUUCUCAGUACACCAGCAAUUUAGAGGAACAGAUGCGAGAGUUACAAUCGGGAGCUCAGACGAAACACAAGAGCGAAAUGAAAACACUUCAGGCUGAACACCUCGAGGCAACGAAAGAACUGGAGAGAAAAGUCAAGACGUUGUCUGAGGAGAAAGGAGCUUUGGAGACAAAAAUUAGAAGUUUUCGUGAUGAACAAAAAAGCGGAGAUUCAGAGGGACAGAAUGAGGAGGUGGUGCGACUGAAGGACGAUUACGAAGCCCAGAUACAAACGUUGAAAGAACAAGCGCAGAGUGAUAGGGAAAGACUGGAAAAAGAGGCAAUCGAAGCCGUCAGCAGCAAAGAAAAAGAAUUUAUGGAGGUGCUUGAGAAUGUCUUGGAGAAGCAUCAGCAAGAAGUGGCAGAUGUAAGGAGUUACUACGAGCAGCAGUUGUCAGACACUGGUGAAGGACGUCCGGCAUUUGGAGAAGAAGAUGACCCGCUGGUGAUUUCCGCGCAGCUGAAGCAGGAGAAGGAGAGAGAGCUCUCACGGCUGAAGAAACAACUCUUACAAGAGAGCGAAGAAAGGAUCGCUUCCGCACAGGAAGCGUUGUUGUAUAAAAUUGCAAAGGAGGAAGAGGAGAACAUGCGAUUAAGAAACAAGUUGGCUAACAAGGACCAGGAGAUUUCUGAGGUAAAUAGCGAGAGGGACAGGCUUCUGAGCGAGAUUCAGGUGCUGACGGAGACUCACAGGGUGCUAGAACAGAUGACGGCCCAUUUGGAACCAAGCCUCGGCCCAGUCUCCAGCCGUCAGGUUGUGCAAGAGGAACCACUGUUUGUACAAGAAUCCGUUGAUACUCUAGAAGUUUUACCUGGUGCUGGCUUUAACGAAGGUUCUGUCUCGAAGCAGUCUGAUCUAACUACAAAACUCAACCAGAUGCAAGAGAUGGUCCGACAGAAAAACAUGGUCGAAGUAAAACUAAGCCAACAACUGCAGGAGACUAAGAAAGAACUCGAGAAGGAAAGAGAAAAUUACAGAGUUGAGGUGCAGGAGAGAGAAACCCGUGAACGCGCGCUGGAACUCAGCAAAAGACAGCUUGAACAGCAAUUGACAGCGGUGGACAGAGAGAACGACGAGACCGUUCAGGAGCUGAACUUGUUACAGGAGAGACUUCAGGAGAGAAUACGGGUGGAAGGUGAACUGAGAGAAGAGAAAAACAAACUGCUGAAUGUGAUCAAGGAGAAAGACGCCGAACUGGUCAAGGAGAGGGGAGAGCUAACGGACAGACUCCAACAACACGAGCAAGUUAUUGAGGAGUUGCGUGACAGGAUCUCGACCUCGGACUCAGUCUCCGAUGAUGUGCAGGACGCGUUCGGUCGUCAGUUACUGGUGCUGCAGAGUCAAAGAGAUUCGCUGUUACAGCAGCUUGAACAACAAAAGAAGGACCGCAACUCUUUUGUGGACGUUUUGGAGGAGAAGAACGCUUUAGAGGAUAGUUUAAGGAUUACAUACUUCCUUUUGACUUCCACCUUAAUAAACAAAAUCAAAGCGACCGGUCUGAGGCCCGUUCCUCAACAAAAAGUCGCGGCUGAACUGGAAGCGAUUGAGUCGAAACUGCUCGAUAAAGAAGAGUUGCUGUUACACGAGAAAGAACGCCUCGAGGAGGAAAUGAGACAAAAAGAACAACAACUACAGGAGUGGGAACACGAGUUCCAUCAGAAAGAGAUGGAAUUCCUCUCCAAAGAGGAAUACAUCCGAGAACAAUACAACAGAAAUCUAUUAGAGACCCAGUCGGACUUAGAAAACCAGUACUCCGCCUCGAUGCAACGCCUGCGGACCGAUCUGGACGAGGAUUACCAGCAGCAGUUGAGGAGACUGGAAGCUAGCUUGAACGAUCAUUAUGGCGGCGAGAUUGGUCAGCUUAAAGCCUUGCAUCAGGAACAGAUAACACGGAUGAAUUCUGAGUUUGAGCAAAAACUUUGGGAGCUCAAGAACGAACUGGAAUCGCAGCGUCUUCAACAAGUUGGAACGAUGAAGAACGUGCUGGAGAGGCAACACUCGAAGGACAUGUUGGAAAUUGACGAUGUUCAUCAGCAGCAAAUGGAAGGGCUUAAGGAAGAUCUUGACCAGCGGCACCAAGAGGUCGUGGGCGCUGUUCAGUUACACCUGGAAACUUCACAUCACGACGAGUUGAAUGAACUCACUGCCAGUUUCCUGGCCGAGACUGCUAUCAAGGUCGAGACUGCCCGUCUGGAGACUGAGCAUGAUUGGCAACAAAAAUUAGACGAAAUGAAAAUAAAACACGUGUGUGAACUAGAUGCAAUGAAUGAAAAGAUAACACAACUUGAGAAAGACAUGGAUGAACUCAAGGAGAAGCAGGAAUACGAAUUGAGCGAAAAACUGUCCCAACAGGCAGACCAGUUUGAACAGAAACGGGAAAAAGAAUUACAGGAAAUCAGUGGAAAACAUCAGGAAGGUUUGGAUAACGAAUUACAGCAAAACCUAACUGUUGCAGAUGAAAAACACCAGAGUGAAUUGAACGCAUUGCGAAAUGAACUUAUGGAAGAGUUCCGGGAAAAACUCGAAGAAAUGGAACAAACUCUAGGAGAACAACAUGCACAGGAGCUGGAGGAGCUUCGGGAAGAACUGGAAAAGGAAAGAUCCGAAGUUACAAAUGCAGCUUUAGAUGAUCUGGGAAGAAGACAUGCGGAAGAAGUAGAAUUUAUGAAGAACGAACAAGCGCAGCUGCUUGAACAGGCUACAGAAGCAAGCCGACGUUUGGAGAAGAUUCACGAGGAAGAGAUCCAAGAAAUAAACGAACAAGUCAAACGCGAACACGAAAAGUUGUCAAGGAUGAGAGAGGACUUAGAAGGAACGUACGAUGACACAGCUAAAGAGCAUGCGCAACAGCUAGAGAACGUGCGGGCGCAGCUGGAGCGGCAGCGUGGUGAGCUGAAGGCGACACACUUGUCGGAGCUGGAGAGUUUGAAGACGAAGUUCGAGAGGCGGCUAGUUGAAGCUGAUCAGAAGCACGUCGAGGAGGUAGAGAGGCUCAGAUCGGGGCUGGAGCAGGAGAAGAUGGAGAGGGAGUUAGAGCAUGUGAGGGAACUCGAAAAACUUGCGGAAGAUAUGGAGAGAAGAUACAUCUCCAAGGAACAGCAGCAUGCUAAAGAAAUUGGUGAACUUCAAACUGAAUUGCUCAAAGUCAAGACAGAAAUGGAUGAGAAACAGUUUUCUGAGCUAGAAAGUACAGUGAAAGAUCUUGGUGGAAAAUAUGAAGAAAGCCUCCAAAAGAUUGUGAGAGACCUUCAGGAUAAGCACGAGCAAGAAAUGGAAAGUUUAAAACUUGAUUUUGAAAAGAUUAAGGAAAAAGAAUUAGAAGCGUGCAGAGAAGAGUUGAAAGAACAACAUGAAGAUGAAUUUCGUUCGCUUAGGUCACGCCAUGAGAUUGAACUGGAAGAUUUAAGGGGGCAGUUCCAAGAGGAGAAGAUGAAGGAUUUUGCGAAAAUGAGCGCCAAAAUGGCCUUGAAAAAUGCACAGACUUUGGAAAAGAUGCGACUUAAUCUGAUUGCUACACACGAGAAAAACAUGGAGGAACUGAGAAUGGAAGGUCAGAAAGAUUACGAGAGAACUGCUCUGAGAUUAUCCUCUCAAAUUGAAGGAAUGGAAAUUGAACAUCGAAGGGCAUUACGGCAAUUAAAAUUGGACUUAAAUGAAAAGCAUGAAAAGGAAGUGGAAGAUUUACGACGAGAGUUGAGCAGCAAAGAGGAACUUUUGAUAGAUCUUAAUGAUAGCCAUGAAAAGCAAGUGUGCGAUUUGAAACGUAGGCAGUUCAGUGAUUUGUUAGAUGAGGUAUCCAGUGUAAGAGCAGAGCUUGCGUUGGAAGCAGUUCAGAAAGUGGAAGAAGCUAAGUUGGAGAUGGUUGAAGACAGUUCCAGGAAGGAAGCUACUAUUCAAGACUACGAGGAAAAGAUACACCAGAUUCUGGAACAACAUGAAAAGCAAGUCAAAGACCUGAGCGAGGAAUAUGAAUCGCAGCUCAAAGACCUCAAAGAAGAAUUAGAACUCUCUAAACAGUGGAUGUCUAAAGGUGCAAGCAACGAAGAAGAAUUGUUCGAACAAUAUGAAGCAAAAAUUCAAGACAUUAAGCGGCACUAUGAAAAAGAAAUCGAAUCUUUGAAGGAAAACAGUUUAUCUAAGGAUGACAGUGAAGAUAGCGAAAGUGAAAAAUACUUGUUAGAGGAGUUGGAAAAAUGUCGAAAAGAAAUCGAUGAGUUAGGUGCGCGGCUGGAAACUGAGAGAGAACAAUUUAAAGACAUAUACGAUAAUACAAAAACUGCACAUGAAGCAGAGCUUGUGUCUUUAAGGAGAGAGUUGGAAGAUAAACAUCACCAAGAGUUCAAAGAAACAAAGGACCUGUUUACCGAAAAAGUUGAAGCCUUAAAGGAAGAACUCCUUGUCGCAUCAGACGAGGCAAAAUUGCAGCUUAUCGCAGAGGAACUUGAAAAGAAGCAUCAGAUGGAACUUGACACUCUGAAGGAACAACUUUCUGCCGAGCAUCAAAAUGAAUUGGAAACCUUCAAAGUAAAAAUGAGUGAAGAAGUUGAAGCUCUCAGGGAACAGAUUCUUGAUACGUCUGAGCAAGAAAGGUUUGAUGUUUUGAAGGAUGAUUUGGAAAGAGAACAUGAAAACCAACUGGAGGCCUUGCGGGAGCAGCUUGAAAAAGAGAACGAAGAGGAGAUAGCAAAGCUUAAAGAGACUUUUACGCAAGCUUUAGAUGCUGUGAAAGCUGAGGACAAAGCUAAACAGGAAAUGCAACCUUACUCUCUAGAAAAAUUUGAUGAACAACUGGACGAAGUCAAGCGGCAACUUGAAGCAGAACAUUUGCAAGAAAUGGAAAAACUCAAAGAGGAUAUGCUACAUGAAGUGAAAACCCUCCAGGAACAAAUUCAGGUAGCCGCUGACAGUGAGGUUGAAGCCACAAGGGCUCGUUUGGAGGAAGAGGUAGACGAGAUAAAAAAGAAAUUAGACGAAAAGAUGACUGAAGAGAGAUCGCAACUUGAAGCAGAACACCAAGGUGCCAUGGCUCAAGCUCGAAAAGAACAGGACGCCCAACAUCUGAGUGAACUCGAUGCUCAACAGCUAAACCACGAUGCUGAGAUGAAGGCACUACAGAUGAGAUUCAACGAAGAGCUGACCGCUGAGAGAGCCAAGCUGGAGGAGGAGAAGAACGCCGAUAUGGCACGGUUAGAACAAGCGCUCAGCGGUAACCUCAGCCAGCAACAGGAGUUACAGCUGCAGAUGAUAAAGGAGCAGCAUGAUCGUGAACUCGAGGCCGUCCGAGAAGAACUGGUGCGAACUCACAUGGAAAAGUUCACCGAAAUGACUGCUCGGUUGGAGUCUGAACACGAGGCGGAUUUGGAAAAAAUGAGAGAAUUUACACGCGCUGAGAUGUCCGAGAAAUUCCAAACUGAACUGGAAGAGGCCAAAGAAGUGGCUCGUUACGAACUUGAACAAGAACAUCUGGAAAACCUCCGACAGCUCGAGGCAAGCCUGGGGCAGAAUCACGCAGAACAGUUACGGGGAUUGGCUGAACUACAACAGAAACACGUGGAUGAAAUUCACAACCUCAAGGUUGCACACGAGACGGAAAUCGAACGACUGAAAAAGGAGGUUGCGCAAGCGUACAACGAUCAGCUUUCCGCCGUGAGUUUGGACGCUGAGAGAGAGGUUUCCCAAGUGAAGGAGGAACUAGACGAAGCACACAGCAAGGAGAUCGACGCGUUCAAAGACGCGCUUGAGCGUGAGAAGUCUCGCGUGCUGGCGCUUGAAGCGCUACAGGCCAGCAUUCAGACGGCCCAUCAUGAUAUCGUGCGACGGAUGCAGGAGAACUUUGACAAGGAGAUGGAGAAUGUACGGAGUAAUGUAGAUUCCGCACAUGGAGAGCAGGUACAAGAGCUGCAGAGCUUGCUGGAGGAGAGACAUAAAAUGGAGCUUAACCAUGUCAAAUCGGAUCUCGCGGCUGCCGAAGAAAGAGCUGCUGCUAUUGAGGCUCAGCAGGCUAAAGGUCUUGAGGAACUUCAGGAGCAAUACCGUAAAGAGAUGGAGACACUUCAAGAAUACCUGAAAUCCCAAGAGACAGAAUUUAUAGCAGAAAUUGAUAGAACUAAGGUUGAGAAUGAAAAAUUGUCGAACAAGCUGCAGGAGAAACAGUCUCUGAUUAAGGAGAUGGAAACUGAACAAGCUCGUCUUCAGAACGAUCUUCAGCGUCAGUCAGACAAUUAUAACUUGAUUUUAACUCGUCGAGACAGAGAACAUCAAGAGGAAGAUAACCUCGUUACCAUGCUACGCUCUGAUGUGGAACGACUUGCUGCUGAGAGAGAUGCAUUGCAACGGGCAAACGAGCGACUUUUAAAACUUCUUUCUGAUGUGGUGAAGCAAGCGGCCUCUACCGAGGAGACGAUCAACAAACAGCUCGAGGACCUGAUACAGGAGACCAGCCAAAAUGAAGAACAGCUUACACAGUGGCCAUUACAUGAGUUGGAGUCCGGUACAUUACACGAGUCCCAGAUCCCACCAGACUCUAUUCGUCGCCCGCAAAGCUCGCUUCCUGCCGGGCUAUUGACGUCAACGCCCGCUGCGGGACCCAGCGCCCCUUCGGUCAACUUUGCGACACCAACCGGAGGUGCUGCCGCCGACUUGUCCGGGUCAGAAGAUGCAACGCUGACCAGUAAGACCGACUUGUCUCUUCUCAGUGAUGAAGGGUUGGAACUGUCGCAGCGACAGACGGACUCUAUGUUUCAAGGGCCGAGCUUAGACGAACAAGCUGAGGAACUUGUGAUAGAUUCUGGGGUCAGACUCAGAUCUGCAGCGCAAAAACUGCUCGAAGUUGUGGCCACAAUGACCAAACAGUGGAACCAGGCCCGCACGGCGCAGAAAGAACUUCUUAAUGCUACGUCUCAACGAAACGAGGAGCUCGAGCAAGUAAUGGCGGCUCAAGAGAAUCUUAUGGCUAGAUUGAAAGAGGAAUUAGAAGAAAAAGAACGCCUUACUAACGAACUGAAUAAAGCGAAUGAACAAAUGGAAGAAAUGGCGACUGAAAACGACAGGCUACAAGGGGGAGCCCCAGAUAACGUGAAAAAAGAGAACGAGGUGAUAGAAAAAGAAAAUGAAGAAUUGAAAUCAAAAGUCGAGACCGCGGAGAAGGAGUUAAAAGAAUUAAAAGACCGCGAGCGGGAGAUGGAAGAAGCAAGAAGAGUUCUUGUGUCUGAAGUGGAAGCUCUUCGAGAAGAAGGUAGGCUUCGCCUGGCGCAGGAAGUGGCGGAGAAGAACAAAGAGGAAGAAGAACACUCGCGGGAGUUGAAAAUGUUAAGAGAGGCGAGAGAUGAAUUGGCUGAAGAAUUAGAAACCAUGAAGGAAGCUGGCGACGAACUUUUGGGAGAGAAUGACGCACUGAAGGCUGCGAUAGAGCAGCUGGCCAAAGAGAAGAAAGACCUGGAGGAAAAGGUAGUGCAGGUUGAGGCGCAGAAACUCGAUGAACUUGAUGGCCCGGAGGAACUCAAGGCUAAUGUGAAGGAACUGAGCGAGGUUUCUCAGCGGCUUCAGGAAGAAAACUCUCUAUUGGAGGCAAAAGUUGCUUCUUUAGAGAAAGAAGCUAAUCGAUCACAAAUGACGGGCUCUGAGGGCGAAGUUAUUCAGGAGAAUGAUCAUUUGAAGAAGGAGGUUGAGAAAUUACGGGAAGAUAUCGGCGAUUUGCAGGAGGAAAACGAAAAACUGAAGGACGCAAUUGAACAAUUCAGGGAGGCGGUGCAGCAGCUGUGGGAUGAGAAAGAAGAGUUGAGUAGCGAGCUGUCUAAGGCGAAAGGAGAAGACACCAUGCAGUAUGACGAGCUCCAGCAGCUGAGAUCGCAGUUCAAACAACUAACGGAACAGAACGAAGAGCUAACGGAAAUGCUUAAAAAAGCUGAGUUGGAGCAAGAGAAGAAACGAGAACUGCUCCAGAAGGCGCAGAUCCACCUCGAGAAGAUUCCUGAAUUAGAAGCGGAGGCAAAAGAACAGAAUGAACUCGUGAAUCAGUUGAGGCAGGAACAGCUGCGAGAUAAGGAAGAGAUUGAGAAACUCCAACGCGCUGCGUCCUUGCAGAAGGAAGCACCCUUGAUACAGGUCACUACUGUAGAAACUGUUGAGGGAGGUAUUCAUGGUGACGAAUUAUGGGGAGUUGACGAUCCAACAGGCAGCGGAGAUUCCAAACAAGAUGAGGAAACCGUUCAAGAAUUAAAGGCGAAAGUCAACGACCUUGAGCGACAAGUCGAGAACUACAAGAAGGUCUUGGAAGAAAGUAUUCAGGAGCCGGAAGCGAACAAGCUUAUGGAACUCGUUGAACAGGUUCGCUCUGAGCGGGAAGACUUAGCUGGCAGGUGCAAGGAUCUGGAAGGGAAAAUAAACGUGGAGGAACAGUCUAAAGAAGAAAUGCAGACUGCUAUCGAGGAGCUGGGUACCCGCUUAAAGGAACUGGAACAGAGUAACAUAGAGUUAGAAGGGGAGCUGAGUACAAAGACGCAAGCUGAGAUCGAUUUGUUGGCGCAGAUUAAGGAUCUGCAAGAUGAACUGACCAAAGCUCUGGAAGCUUUUAAGGAGUUGGAGGAACUGAAAGACAAAUUGCAGGAGGAUCUGGAAACUAGCGAGGAGACUCAGAAGGACCUGGAGCGAGAGAAAGUGACCAUGCAGAAACAGCUUAAUGAUGGAUUUCUCCAGAUCUCUGCGCUGAAGGAGCAGCUUAAUCGGACCAAGCACGAGGGUGGAGCGGAACGGGAAGAAACUCCGACCCCUGUCCGAAUGCUGCGAGACGAACGCGAGGCUUACGAUCGUAAAGACGAAGAAUCUCGGGCGUUAGCCGAACAGUUAGACACGUUCAAAGAGGCUCUUGACAAGAAAGAAGACGAAUUGAAAAACUUGGCGGAGCAGAUGGAAGAAAUGAACCUAAUGAUGGAAGAGCAGCAGAAACUGUUGGAAGACCAGCACAGCAAACUGAAGGAACAAGAAAAUUUGAUAAAUGAGCGCGAAGACCGCAUGAAAGAAUUAGAAAAACUAUUGCAGGAGAGCAAAGAAGGGGUGGAAGGUAAGGAAGAGUUUGACAAAGCGCUCAAAGGGAGCCAAGAUGCUUUGGUUCAACAACAAAAGGUCAUUGAAGAGCUCGAUAGUAAAGUAAAAGCCAUGGAGCAGUUGACAGUUGAAAACGUAGGUAAGUUGAAAAAUGCGGAAGAACAGUUGGCUUCUAAAGAAGAAGAGAUAAGGCUACAGGGAGAACAGCUGGCUGCGAAAAGAGAAGAAAUUAAAGUGUUGCAGAACGAAUUAAGUCGAGAGAAAACUGAGAAGGAGGAGAGAGAUACUGAAGCAGAAACCCAUCUAGCCAAGCAGUUGGAGGCGAUGAGUCAGAAAUUAAAUCAGUCACAAGAGAUCGUGCGAACCAAAGAGCAAGAGAAAGAACAGUUUCGUAAAAAUCUUCUGGCUGAGUCACGCCAGUUGGGAGCUCUCCGAGCAGAAAUGGACCAAUUACGUGAAAAAUUCAAAUCCCAAGAGGACAGUCACACGUCUACCAUCGCUGACUUACAAAAAACGCACAGAGAUGAAGUCAAUGCCCUCAAGGCGGAACUCACAAGGGGGGUACCCACGGGAGCUGAAGAUGCUUUGAGUCCGAGUCAACAGCUUGUAUUUGAACAGAAACUAAAAAGCGUGGAAGAAAACCUCAAACGGCAGUACGAGAAUCAGCUAGUGGCUGUGAAAGAGAAUGAAGAACAGCGACGACAACGGGAUAUAAAACAAAUGAAGGCCGAGCUAGAGAUGGACAACUUGACAAAAUUGAACAAUUUACGGAAAGAUCUGCUCGCCACACAUAAUGACCAGGUGAACAGAAUGCGACAGGAUCAUCAACGAGAAAUCGAGCGCCUGAUGACUAUAUCAGGCAUCGAAUCUGCGUCACCAGAGAUGCGCAUGCGCCUGAACUCGGCGCUGGAUGAGAACGAGCGAUUGGACUGUGAACUUGUUGGACAGCUCGUACGGCAGGCCCAAGUCAAGUCAGCAGCCACUUCGCCUCCGAAAUCCCGAAACACUAUCGAAGGUCUCCUCGACAAUCUUCAUACUGAGGCUGAGACCAUCCAAUCACUUGUUAGCGCAGUAUCUCCUUCACCUCAAGACCGAUCACUAGUAAGCCCGGAUGUAACGGUUUUACAGUCUUCUUGGUCAGCGGAGAAGCAGGCGCUUCUUGAAGCUGUCCAGUCCUUGAAAAAUCUAGUCGUACAAACUCGAAAAGUUUCUACGUUGGAGGCGAUGAGUCAGAAAUUAAAUCAGUCACAAGAGAUCGUGCGAACCAAAGAGCAAGAAAAAGAACAGAUUCGUAAAAAUCUUCUGGCUGAGUCGCGCCAGUUGGGAGCUCUCCGAGCAGAAAUGGACCAAUUACGUGAAAAAUUCAAAUCCCAAGAGGACAGUCACACGUCUACCAUCGCUGACUUACAAAAAACGCACAGAGAUGAAGUCAAUGCCCUCAAGGCGGAACUGACAAGGGGGGUACCCACGGGAGCUGAAGAUGCUUUGAGUCCGAGUCAACAGCUUGUAUUUGAACAGGGUCUCCUCGACAAUCUUCAUACUGAGGCUGAGACCAUCCAAUCACUUGUUAGCGCAGUAUCUCCUUCACCUCAAGACCGAUCACUAGUAAGCCCGGAUGUAACGGUUUUACAGUCUUCUUGGUCAGCGGAGAAGCAGGCGCUUCUUGAAGCUGUCCAGUCCUUGAAAAAUCUAGUCGUACAAACUCGAAAAGUUUCUACGCCCUCCGGAAAACUUCACGAGGAAGCUGAUUGGCGAACAGACUUGUUAAACGCCGUGCAAAAGGUCUUUGAGAAAGAUAAAGAUGUUCUUGUAGCAGAGCUGAGGACCUCACAAAUUGUUCACGGUCAGGACUCGCCCGGGGAUGAACUAACGAGUCGUGUUAUGGAACACCUUCGUAAAAAAGACCGUGAUUCUUUCCUGGCCGAGAUUCACGAGCUUCGUAAGACUUCCACGAAACCUUUGAUCGAGCGGCAGGAAAACCUCGUGGAGAAGCUGCAUGUCGAGUUAGAGGGAGCUAAAAAACGAGAGAGAGAUGUCAGGGCACAGUUGCUGCUUAAAAGACAGCAAGCGGAUCAUGUGAAAAAUGAUCUCACCAACUCGCUGACGAGGGAGAGGUCUUUAGUGUCAGACUUGAAGGAAGCUUUGGCGAAAGAAAAAAGUCGAAUCACAGAACUAGGAACCGCCCUGGAGAAGGAACGAGUCCAGGUUAUGUCCCUCAAGACAAGUCUUGAGGCUGAAAGAGUGCGCCAUUCAAAACAAACUCAAGCGUUAGAACUCGAACGAGCCAACACCAAAAAGUACCAAGAUGCGGUUGACAGCGAGCGCCAGCGGGGCAAACAAGAUAAAAACCGACUGAUGGAGAACAUAGAGGGCCUCCGCCGACAGCUGUCAGCAAAUAAACAAGAAAAGGCAGAAUUAGAUGUGCAGCUGGAAAGAGAAAGAAUUGCUGUUUCUAAUUUGGAGUCUGAGUUGGAAACAGAGAAGGCCUUGAAAGCAGAGGCUUUAGAGAGAAAUCGUGAGACUAUCGAUCAGUUGACUGCAGCUUUGAAAGAUGAGCAAGCUCGAGCAGAACACGUGCAGUUGGCCUUGACGAACGAGAAACGUCAGACAGAGGCGCUUAGACACUCAAAGGAGCGCGCAGAUCAGCUGCGAAGCACAAAUAAAGAACUGCAAGCAGCGUUAAAUGCUUCCCGAGAGAGAUCUGUUGAACUGAGUACUUCUCUUGAAGAUGAGAAAAAUCGUAGCGCGUUCCUUGAGGAGUCUCUGGAAAACGAAAAAGACAAGAACGACGAAUCUGCUAAGACAGAGAAAAUAGUCGCUCACCAAUUAAAGGGAGCUCUAGAUGUUGUGCAGAAACAAUUGGUUGAACUGACGAGCACUAUGGAGGAAGAACGAAUCCGGGCGAGAAGGCUGCAGAAUGAGAGAGACGUUCAACAAGCUACUGCCAUGAGUCACAAGGAAAGGGAACGCCAUCUACAGACCGAGCUGGAAAACGAAAAGAAAAAGCGAGCUCAACUUGAACAGAAACUGGAGAACGAGAGAGAAAAGAACGCAGAUCUUAACAGAGAUUUGACAGAAAGAGAUAAGAAACUGGGCGAGUUACAACAAGAUCUGGAUAGCCAGGCAUUAAAACAGUCAGAAAAGGAGGCGUCACUGUACCCGUUACGCAUGAGGCUCCAGCUUCAUCAACAACAACUGGAGUCCAUGAGACAACAACACCAGGUGCUGAUCAACAAACAUCAAAAUUCCGUAGACUCUGCUUCAACCAGGGGUAACAAGGAGGUGGAAGAAGUUAAAAGAUCACUUGCCAAUCUUCUGAAAGAACUUGAGCAAAUAAGAUCAACGCUCACUGUGCAUAUAGACGACGACCAGACAGUACCAUUGUCGCCCAUUAAAGCCGCUGCACAAGAGAGGAUCGUACGUCAAAACACAGAACUGGCAGAAUUUGUUUCCAAAUUAAACGAAGAAAAGAAGGAAUUGAGAAACGCUUUGGCUAAUUUAGAAGAACAAAUUGCGCAGUAUAGACAGCGGGAUAGAGCAAAUGAACAGACCUCACGCCUUACAAAGGAGCAUGCCGAGUCUGUGCUGAACACUGAGCGUGAAAUGUGGGCUCAGGAAAGAGCUCGAUCCCAACAGGCCUUGAGGUCAGCUGAAGCAGAACUGGCUCGUCUGAGAGAAGAAAUCAGUAAAGACAUUGGUACGCCGCGCAUACCGGUCAGCAGUCAUGAGUCAGAUAGCGACGAGAUCACGUGGCCACGCUCUAAGCUCCUAAAGCUUUACAAACGAUUUAUCAAGGCUGAAAGCUUUCGAAAAGCUCUUGUGUAUCAAAAGAAAUAUCUUCUGCUGCUUCUGGGAGGCUUUGAAGACUGUGAGUCAACUACGCUGGCCAUGAUCGCUCAGAUGGGAGCUCACCCCAAGGAUCCUGACCGCUCCUUCAGACGGACAGCAAUCAGCAGAUUCCGCACUGCCGGGCGAGCUGUCCUCGCUAUCCAACGUAUGAACUUUUUGGUGAACAAAUCAAAACGCGUUACCAUCACGGGAUCGCGCAGUACACGUGAGAACACGAGUAGAUCACGUAUGGUUCACGGAGACGUAAACGGUUAUGAUCACACUGUUUACCAGGCCCCCAGUCAGACUUACGCACCUCGGUCGACCAAGGAAAGGCCCGUUAAUGCUAAUGGCACCCAUGUUGCGCCAAUAGUGCAUUCGUAUCAGCCCAAUGGUGUUUCUUCGUAUGCUGACAGAUAUUCGCCGCGAAGUGACCGGAGAACUCGUGACAGACAUCACACAGGAAUGAAUGGGGAUGUAGACUUUAGAAAUCAUACCAUGCCACCCACGAGUACGUCAUCGGGUGAUAGAUUCAGUCGAGGAGUUACAUCUGGUAUAGACGGCCACUUGCAGCAUAGAAGUCAUGUCACGUCACCAAGCAGAUCAACUAGAACGUUUUCCCCAACAUCCUGGUCGGAUACCCGCUCGACGUCGGCGCCGCUCGCUCGAGAACCGACCACGACUGAUCACAUCCGAACAUUAAAAUCGCCACCCGUUAGGGACACUAUAACAGCACAAAGAGAUUACAGUCAUCGAGAUCGUUUCGAGACCUCACCUCGGCAUUCUUCGCCUCGUCGCGGAGAAAGAUCGGGCUUACUCGACUUCCACAAUCAUCAUGAUCGUCCGCUUUCGCCGUCCGGAGCGUCCUCGUUGGGAUCGGCUCAUAACGACAGUGAUAGUGGUGAUCACUCUCUGAAUUUGUACAUUCAUAGAUUGGAGUCCUUACAGAACAGACUUGGGGCCAUUGACAGAGGUGCCACAACUAGUUCUCAACCAAGAAGCAGACGGUAUUAAGUCGACAGUUUACUCCAUCUUAAUCUCAUUAUCACUUUUCCCCAUACGAAGUAACUGCUGCCAGAUUCGCCAUCGUCAUGUGCCUCCAUCAUUAACAUACUUUACAUAUGUAUAUCCAUGCCCUUUGAAAAAGACAGUUGGAUUUCUCUGCAUCGGCAAAUCGUACGUGUAAACUCUUAGAAAAAUCAAACAAACAAACCUUUGUAAAUGAAUUCAGAAGCCAUCAACACUUUCGCUCCCAAGAUCUCAUUCGUAACUCUCCUUAGCAUCACCUUACAAUUCUUAUAAUGCCAGUUUGGAGGAUUUGAUUUUCAAUCAAUUAAUAAUCCUCUAACUGAUAUUUUUCUUUAUUCUCAUCACUUGUCUACUUGACAUGGUAUUGAUCUUGUAAGGAGAAAUUCUGUCUUGAUCGCCAUGGGAGCUAAAGGGUGCAUGGGAAGGGAAAGACAAGUAUAAUCUGAAUGAAUCUGAAGACAUCGAUUUCGCGAUUACUUCCUAGUUUCUCCAGUAAAAAGUUUUCGAAAAAGACUACAAUUCAAAAUGGUUUUUGAGAUUUUACACUAACGAAAAUAGAGGUUGUUUUGGGGAAGGCCUGUACGGUAGAUUUUGAAGCAACUUUUAGCCGAUACCUUUUCGAACUGAGCAGUCAUGCUUGUCCCCAGAUCACUGAACGCCAUUUUUGGCCUCGUGCACCCUGAAGCGAAUUCUGACAUGGCUUCAAUGAGUUCGCUAUAUUUGAUCAAAGUAUUUAUCCGGAUAGAGAGAUAUUUAAUACUCCACGUUAUUUGUAUAUAAAUGUACUAUAUAUUGCAAAGUAAGAAAAUAUUUUUAAGUUUUGUUUUUGGUUAACAGUCGUGUUAUUUUUGUUACAUUUGAUAGCUUUUGUAGUGUAUUAAAUAUUUUUGUAUAAGUGGAAGUUAUGAGAUGAUCUACGACGCUAAAUUGGUAAAUUUUAAGGCACUGCUGAGUGCAAAAUUAAACAUUACAUCGCUGUGAAAA